AUGCACACACCAGUGAGUUUUGUAGAUAAUAGGCUAUUGUUAUUAUCAUUAUUAUUAUUAUUUUCUUCUCCUUCUUGGUUUGGGGCUUGACUCGGGCUGGAACUAAAUCUUUUAUCAUUUAUUCCUCUCAUUGCAACUAAAUUAUGCCCCUACUCUUCUAACUUAGUAACCUUAAUUACUUUAGCAGCACAUAAUUCUUCUUUAAUUGGAGCCUUAGGUGGCUUAAAUGUUACAAAACUACGUAAACUUAUCGCCUUCUCUUCAGUUAACCAUAUAUCUUAA